GUUGUUCUUAUAAAACGUAGUCGAAAUUAAUAACAGUCUAAUGAUAAGCUAAAAUCUUCCUAACCUAAAGCGUACGGGAGUGUGUAGCAGACGGAGGGCCGGUGAAUGGAGGUCACCGCAGACAGUGAGUGAGUCUCAGCGGUGUAACUCAGAGAGGGAGAGGGAGGACGGAGAGCGACCAGCCGCCUUCAAAAAUGGCGUCUUCAGAGGAAAAUGACUAAAAAUAUAAAAACGCGGCCUGCUUUCUUCACGCUUCCUCGCUCGGUUUUUGCACCCCGACUGUGUUUUCGCAGCCGUGGGCGAACUCGUCGUUUCUUUUACUGAAUGGCUGAAGAGAACAGAAAAACGGGCAGCGAGCAUUUAGGAAAAUAACAGCAGCCCUGUUUUAUUUUGAUGCGUCGUUACGGACAGCUAGCAUCUGCUAGCCCACAAUUCUGGAGGGGGGUGGGAACGAUUUGCAUGUAAAAAAAUCAUGAUACUGGGGAUUUCUUUGCUCAUCUAUGGAGAAUGAUUGCUACCAACGUGGCCUAUCGACUGUAAUUUUUCUAGUGCUAGCAGUGUAGCAAAACUAGCCCUAAAGAAAGGGGAGGAGAGACGGUGAAAAGGACGCAUUCAAAUCAAAUGUUUAUCAGCAAUUCACCCAUCACCGGUAAAAUCCGUGGCAUCUUCAUCAUGACCGUGCAUGAUUUUGGAGUAAAUCUGCAUUCGUGCAAAUGAUAAAUGGGGAUAGUGUAGGAAAAGGAGAAAGACUGAUUUUUUUGGAGGUGGUUGGAUUAUAACCCCGUAGACCCCCCUCUUUUUUCAUCCAGCUUUCUCCUCCUCCCCUCCAUUUCUCUUUCAAUAUGCUGUUUUCCACUCCUGAGGACUUGCUUAUGAAACCGGGGAAAAUAGCCUAAAACCGAGCACAGGGAAGACGGGAUUUUUUUUCUUAAUCUGUUGCGACUCCUCGUUGCUUUCGUCCUCAUUAUACACACAUCACAAAUGGAUAGAAAUUACCCGGGAACAGGAUUUGGUGAUUUGGGCGCAGGAGCAGGAUGGAGCUACGAGAGAUCGGCAAAAGCAAGUCUUGUGUAUGGGAGUUCCAGAUCAUCCCACCCUGAGUCUGAGCUCCUUCACCGACAAGCCUACGCCACCCCACACCCUCUGCAGGGCUAUGCCACCAAUCACCACCCCGGGAGCUCUGGCCAAGGCGGGGCUUGGGGAGCAGCUGGACGGAGUUUGGGUCUGUCGGGGCUCUUUGACACUGGCCUACACCAUGCCAGCCCCUCUGGCCCUGAUGCCUCCGUCAUGAACCUGAUCUCAGCCUUGGAGUCUCGGGGUCCCCAGCCUCCGCCCUCUGCCUCCUCCCUUCUUUCCCAGUUCCGCACGCCGUCCUGGCAGACAGCGAUGCACACUCCUGCUCCAGCUGAGCUCUUCAUCUCUGGAGCCCUUCCCGGCUCUGGCUCCUUCCCCUCCUCCUCAGCCCUCUCAGCCUAUCAGCACCCAGCAUCCUUCUCCAGCCGCUCUUUCCCCACCGCCUCCCUUUCCCUCCAAGACACACCAACAUUUAGCCCCACUUCCAAUGGCCUGCUCUCCCCUCAUGACCCCCUGCUGCACAUCAAGGCCCCCUCCCAGUCCAGCCUAGGCUUUGACAGACUCCUGUCCUCACAGGGCGCUGCUGCAGCCGCCUAUAGGGGCAGCCAGGAUCCCACAGGUGCCACAUCCGCCCAGGCAUCAUCAGCCAGGCACCUGCAGUCACACCAGUUCAACCUCCUGUCAUCACAGCUACAGGACCAGUCCUCCCAGCUGUACAAUGCCUCAGUCUUCUCCUCAGCCCAGCCCCAAACACAGUCCCAGUCAAACUCAGCUCAGGAGCGGGCAGUGCCCCGACAGGACAGCGUCAUCAAGCACUACCAGCGGCCCACACCAGCCCAGUCACAGCUCUCGUCCUCUGCCGCCCACUCCCUCCAACACUACCUCAGCUGUGGAGGGGCGGGGUACCAGCAGAUAGCCACCCACCACCGGCACACUGGCCUUUCUUGCAGCCCGCUGGGUGAUCAGAGCCCCUCCUCUGACCACAAGCCCACCUCUCGCACUGAGCAGUACCGGCCCAUCAUUCAGCCCCCCUAUUCCUCUUCCUCCACAUCUUCCUCCUCUUCUUCAGCUGGGAAAGGUACCAAAAGCAGCUCCAGCAGUGGCUAUUCCUCUGCCAGCUCAGCAUCAUCCUCCAGGACUCCUCACACACCCCCAUCUGCUUCCUCUACCUCCUCUUCCUCCUCUUCUUCUUCUGCCACCUCUGGGGCCCAUCCCUCCAAUUCCAUCCCCACCUCCAGCUCCAGCGCAGCCCCAUCUAGACAACAGCCACCCCCCCAGCCUGCUCCUCCUCCCCCUGCUCCUCAGCAGCAGCAGCCCCCUCCUACCUCCACCUCUGCCCCACAGUCUCUCCCUAAGUCCUGUCUCUCAGGAUAUGGUUCACCCGUGCCCCCAGUGAAGACACCCACUACUGCCCUCACUGGUCAAACCCCACCACAACAGCAGCAGACCCAGUCAUAUUCCCCCAAUCAGCCCCCUACUUCCCACCUCCCUCAGUCCUAUGGAGGCUUUAGCUCCCCUCAAGCCCAAGACCUGAGCUCAGGUACUGGUGGGAAAGGCUAUGGGGGUUUAGGAGGGCGAAGCCAGUCAUACUCCACUGAUGUCUAUGGCGCUGACUCUGCCUAUGGAUCGCUUCCAUCCUCCCUGGGUGGAGCUGGAAGCCCGUCACUUGGUUAUGGAGCCCCAGGCCACUCUCCUGCCCUUUUAAGGUCAAGUGGCUCAUCAGGCAGUGGAGCAUCUGGGGGAGGAAGCAGUAACAGCACAGGAGGUGGCAACUCGGGGUCAGGUGGAGGUGCAGGAAGUAGUAUGGCCAAUGAGAGAGGUGGGGCUGGCAGUGGAGGUGGUUCUUACCAUAUUCCAGACUCUAGUCCCUCCCCAUCAGGCAACUCGGGCAUCAUCCGUCCAGGGUUGCAUUCCCCAGUGCCUGCCUGCCCCACACAGUCUCCAGGAGGUGCUGGCUCUACCAAGUACAUGUCCUCAGUUUUAUCCCCUACCUUCCUUGCCUCCCCACAGGGCUACCCUGACACUAGAGGCCCUAGCUCCCAACCUCAGUCCUAUCAUUCCACCUCCUCCAAAGCCAAGGCAGACACCUCCAUGCUAGGAGUGGGAUCUCAGAGGUCCCAAGAGGAAGUAGAUGAUGAUGAUGACUUCUUGAUCCAGCACUUGCUGCAAGCCCAGGCAAGUCCUGCCCCCCAGGCUGCCCACCACCACCCCCAACAACAGCCCCAACAGACAUCCCAACAGCCACAGUCUCAGCCAGUGCCCUCAACCACUGACGCGAGUAAAGGGCUGACUUAUGACAUGGGCAAGACCUCUGAGGAGAGGUACCACUUACAGAGUGUCAUACGUACCCACAGUGCCACAUCCAAUGCCGGAGUAGCUAGUGCAGGGACUGGAGGGACCAUCUCAGGCUUGGACAACCAGCUGGAGAUGUCACUAAAGAAGCAACAGCAACAACAUCAGCAGCAGCAACAGCAACAUCAUCAUCAACAACAACAAAGAAAUGACAGAUCUGUUGGAAGCAGCCGGAGCAGUGGAGGGAGAAGCAGCACUGAACAAGUGCAUUCCCACCUCCAUCACCAUGACAACCUGGGAUCAGUAGUCCACUAUGGACGGGGUGACCCAUAUAGCCAACACACCCUUGCACCCCAACACUCCUCACACAGCCAGCAUGUAUCCUCACACUCUCAGAUGCAGUCCCAUACACAAAUGGAGCUCCAAAAGAAGCCUCAAGAACGUGCUGAGAUUGCAUAUCCUCGGAAAACCCCAGAAAUCCAGCAGCAACAUUCCCAGUCUCAAGCCGCCGCUUCCCUCAUGGACUCCCCCACUGAUCAGUCCCGCCAGCCCCCGCACCUGCUGCAGUCAGUACUGUCGCACACCACACGCAACAAGAUGGAGCCUCAUCAGCAGCACCACAAGAUGGAUACUCACCAACAACAUCAACAGCAGCACCACAAAAUGGACUCCCAUCGGCAGCAUCAACAGCAUCUCAAAAUGGACUCCCAUCAGCCACAUCAGCAGCACCCCAAAAUGGACUCCCACCAACAGCAUCAACAGCAUCAGAAGAUAGAUUCGCACCAACAUCAGCAGCACCACAAAAUGGACUCUCAUCCUCAGUCACAGCAACACUCUAUUAGCCAACAGCAAGCUGUGAUGGAAAGCGCUGGUGGAAGAAUGGGCUCAAGCAAACACCAGGCUCAGCCUCAGUCCCAGACCACCCAGCUCCAGCUCCAACUCCAGUCACAGGCUUUGGAGGUAGCAGCGGCCCACUACAGUCACGGCCCGCCUCCUCAUCAGCAUGACCAGAGCCAGGUUAAACAAAGCUCAGUGGUCUCCUCCUUGGAUAUGCUGGAGCGCUCACUCUCCCAAACAUCUAGCACAGAUGUAGUUGCAGAGGAGAGACGGGGUGGAGGAGGCAGUGGAGGAAGAAGCGGAGGAAGUGCUGAACGCCACAGACAGCAGCAGCAGGAGCAGCAGCAGAGGCAGCACCCAUCCCACCAUCAGACGCAGCAAACCCACCACUCCCAGCAGCACUCAGCUUCUGAGCUCCACUCUUUCCUCUCUGAGCCUGACAUGGGCUUGCCCGCCCCCUCUCACAUGCACCACCUUCCACAGCACCACCCACAGCAGCAGCAACAGCAACACCCCAAUGCUCAACACCAACAAACUCACUCCCACCACCCUCAUACACAGCCCCACCCUCAGCCGCCGCCACACCCUCACCACAUACCCCCACCUUCUGCCUCAGCCCACUCCCAGCCUCAGCCAGACCCUCAGCAGCCUCUCUCAUCCCAACUCAACCCCCAACAGGGCCAAAUGGACCCACAGCGCUCUGAGCAGCACCAGUUUGACACAGUCAGCCCAGUGGAGAAAGUGGGCCAGAACCAACAAAGUAACCGCUUUGUGCCCCUAACAUCCAUCUGCUUCCCUGACUCCCUCCUUCAGGAUGAGGACCGCUCUUUCUUUCCAGGAAUGGAGGACAUGUUCUGCACAGAUGACUACAAGUCAAGUUGUGCUGGUGGUGCAGGGCCUGGGCAGGAGGAGAUGAGUGAAAGCCAUGCUGGUCAAGAAGCAAUGGAUUCCAUGAAGGCUGGGCAAAGUGGAGGUGGAGCAGGGGGAGGUACUGGACCUAGCUAUGAUAUACCUGGUCUCCAUCAUGGUGGAGACCAGGGCUACGGGCAGUACUGUCAUGGCCUGGAAGAACCCAGUAAUAACACAAUGACUCUGGAUCUUGACUCCCUUAAAACACAUGAGCUCCCUUCCACUGUCAACACUGAACAGCUUGGUUUGAUUCAAUCCCAGGCCCCAGGUAUGGGGAUGGGCACCAACACUGUUGGUCCCAACAACUCUGGAGGAAAACUGUCUUCUGGACCUGGAGGAGCUGGGGCUGGUACUGGCUCUGGAGGACUCCAGUCUCCCAUUUUCUGCUCCUCACGUCCGAAGAAGCUCCUCAAGUCCAGCUCUUUCCACCUUUUAAAGGAGCGCCGGGACCCUAACACCAUGCCCAAGAAAAGUUAUGCCCAAGAAUAUGAGUUUGAGGAUGACGAGGAUAAAGCUGACCAACCAGCUGACAUCCGCUUGAACAGUCGGAGGCUCCCUGACCUGUUGCCAGACCUGGUGUCAAGUUGCAGGAAGGCAGGAGGAGGAAGUGGAAGUGGGUCUCUCAGCCCUCUGAUGGGUGACCUUGACUUCUACCAUUCGUCUGGCUACUCAUCCAUUGGCUCGCACUCUCUAAUGCCUCAGGAUGGGCCCAAGAAGAGGGGCCGAAAGCCCACCAAGCCCAAAAGAGAGGGUCCCCCAAGGCCAAGAGGCAGGCCACGCAUCCGCCCUCUGCCAGAACCCUAUACCCCCCGUGGGAUGAUGGGGGAGAUGGGUGGAACAUCAGUAGGAGGAGGAGGAUUUAGUGUGGAAGGGCGAGGGAGGGGCAGGGGCCGUGGCGGCCGGGGCAGAGGAGGGAGAAGGGAGGAUAUGUUUAUAGAAAUGAGUGGGAAGGAGCAAGAACAGAUGCAUCAUCAUCACCUUCAUCAACAACAACAGCAGCAGCAACCACCACAGCAGCUCCACCACCAGCCACCACAGCAGCAUCAUGAGCCCAUACCACCUCUGAAGAUAAAAUUACCAAUCUGCACCAUGUCCUCUUCGGACGCCUUGCUGAGGACAGACUCUUUGUCUGGCACGGAUCCUGCGCUAUCAGAUGGCUCAGUGGGUUCAGCUCCCUCACUUGGUUUAAGCCCUGGACCCCCUUGCAGUGCCGAGAGUACCAGAAGCCAGGACAAAAACAAGCAGAAAAGCCAGAUGAUGAGUGAGGGAGUGGAUGACGACGGGCUGGAGGGAAGGGGUGAUGAGAAGGACUCUGAGUCCAAGGCGGGCUUUGUGGCCUCAUUCCUGGAUUUCCUAAAGACAGGAAAGAGACCUCCAGGGUUGGAAAUCCCAUCAGGAAUGGAACCUGGCAACGGUGAAGCCUCACCCUGUAAAGCUGGGGGUCUUCGCCCAUUGUCUCCUGCCCCUCCUCCCCCACCACCUCCACCCCCAUUUGGGGAGAGUGAAGGGAAUGGGGGUCUGGCCCUAGGCAACUGCCCCAGCCCCAAGCGAUUAGAAGAUGAGCUGAAGAGGAACCUGGAGACCUUGCCCUCUUUUUCUUCUGACGAGGAGGACUCAGUUGGAAAGAACCAAGAUCUUCAAAAGAGCAUUUCCUCAGCUAUUUCAGCUCUGUAUGACACUCCUCAGCUGGGCUCCAACCUCCAGCCCCCUCCACCCCCUCCACCUCCUCAACCUCAGCCUCAGCCGACCCAGGCCCCUCUUACCCCCACCCUGCCACCCCCCACACUCAGCCCUCAGACCACCAUGCACAACCCUCUUACCCAGCCCCAGUCCAAUGAGCCUGCUGUGCUUCAACGCGAAGAUGAGGAAAUGGAUGAGAACAAGGAAGAAGAAGAAGAAGAAGAAGUAGAAGAAGAAGAAGAAGAGAAUGAGGAGGAGAUUAGGAUGGAAGAAAGGGAUGAAGUGAGUGAUGGGAUAGAGGAGAGAGAACCGCAGCUGGAAACGCUGGGUGCACCUAAGCUGGAAGCAUCCCUACCUGAGAUUCCUCCGGAACCAAUGAUUCCUGAGCCUCCCUCUGCCCCUCCCUCCCCUGCCCCGUCCUCCUCUCCCUCCCACUCCCCUCUGCCUCCCCUCUCUCUGCCCUCACCCCUGCCUCCGCCAGAGGAACAACAGGAGAAAUCCCAGCCUCCGAGUCCUCUGCCACCUUCCUCCCCUUCUCCCCCAUCUCCCGCUACGCUCCCUCCAUCCUCCACCCCUCCUCCGUCCUCCCCUCCUCCCCCACCGUCAACUGAGAACGAGUCUCCCCAGCCAUCUCCGGAGCCCCCUGCCUCUCCUGAAGAACCCCCGGCCCCUAAAAUCACCUCCCUGCACCUGGCCCAGAAACAGGAAGAUGCUGCCAUUGUUGGAGAGAGUGAGGAGGAUGAGAGUGAGAGUGGAGGGGAGGGUAUCUUCCGAGAGAGAGACGAGUUUGUGGUGCGAGUGGAAGACAUCCGCACUCUCAAGCUGGCCCUACAGACAGGCCGCGAGCCUCCACCCAUCUGGAGGGUGCAGAAAGCCCUUUUGCAGAAGUUCAGCCCUGAGAUCAAAGAUGGGCAAAGACAGUUCUGUGCCACAAGCAACUAUCUUGGCUACUUUGGAGAUGCCAAGAGACGUUACCAGCGACUUUAUGUGAAGUUUCUGGAGAAUGUCAACAAGAAGGAUUAUGUCAGAGUCUGUUCUCGAAGACCCUGGCGCAGAGCAGCACCUGCUCUCAGACGCCAGACUCUCCCCAGAAUGGCUUCGCCUCCCGCCACCCAGGUACCACCAAGAGUAGUGGAGAAAGAGGAGAGAGUGGCUCCACCCAUCCAUCGCGAGCAAAGGGAUAAAACAAAGGCAAAAGAGCAACGGGAGAAGAAGGAGGUCACAGCCACUGUGGCCAAAGCCAAGGAGAAGGAAAAGGAGAAAGAGAAGGAAAAGGAGAAGGAACGAGAUAAGGAAAAAGAGCGUGAUAAGGAGAAGGAGCGUGAUAAGGAGAAGGAGAAGAGGGUGCAGCCACAGCAGGAGAAAGUGGAGAAACGUGCUGCCACCACUGAACGAGGAAAGGCAAAGGAGGAGAAGAAAACAGUGGAGAAGAAGGAGAAAGAAAAAGCAGAGCGCCCACCCAAGUCCAAGCUAGCCAAGGUGAAGGCGGAGCCUCCACCCAAGAAGAGGAAGAAGUGGCUGAAGGAAGUGCCCUCAUCAUCUGAUUCAGACUCGUCAGAUGAGGCAGCCAGUGAGGACGAAAUGCCAGUGAAAGGAGGAGUGAACAACCGUGCCAUGAGGGAGAUGUUCAGGAGCUACGUGGAGAUGCUGGUCAGCACAGCCCUGGACCCUGACAUGAUCCAAGCACUGGAGGACACAGACGAUGAGCUGUACCUCCCCCCCAUGAGGAAGAUUGACAGCAUCCUCAGCGAACAGAAAAGGAAACUGUUGAGGAGAGUCAGCAUGAGCUCUCAGCACCAGGAAGCCCUGCAUGCCUACCCCCAGAUUAUUGUAGACCCCCUGGACUCAGGAGUGGUGAGGGUGCGGCUCAGCGGGGAUGCUUAUAAUCGCAAGACCCUCAACAGAGUCAAGAAGUCCCUGCCCAAACCACAGGACCUUAAACUGUCAGCCGAGUCAUAUCGGAUUUACAGUCUCUACCACUCUCUGCAUCACUAUAAAUACCACACCUUCUUACAGUGCAAGAAAGAGACCAACACCAUAGAGCAGGCAGCAGAGGACCCGGGCCAGGAGGAAGUGGUGCAGCAGUGCAUGGCCAACCAGAGCUGGCUCGACACCCUCUUCGGCUCCUUCAUCGAGCUGCUCACACUCAGCACCAAAGCUUGAGUCGCCCACAGAGAGGGGAGGAAUGAAACAGAGCAAGAGGACUCUAUGAAAAAAAAGGAAAAAAAAGAAAAAAGAAAAUGGAAAGAGACAGACCCUGUUGUACAGCCCCCCAACCCUCUUCAAGUCUUUUAGAUCCGAGGAUGAAUUUGCAAGGCCCUCGUGGGAACUAAAGGAGUCUAUUCAUGUGACCUUAGACACUGACCUCUUUUUAUUUGUUGUUGUUGUUGCUCAAUGACUAUGAUAAAGAAAUGUCUUACUUGUGAGAAGGGGGACCCCCCCUACUGGAUCAAGGGUCACUCGCGGCUGGUCAAGAGGGAUUUGACCAUUGUUGAAAGGAAGAGACAUGAGGUGGGAGGUCAGAAGAGGAGCUAUUGCACCAAGUCAUGGAGGAGCCACCGACUUCAUGUAACUGUGUGUCAAGAGGACAAUAGUUCCGGGAGAAACUACUACCGCUUAGUUUUUACAUAAAUUAUUUUUUGAAAAGACUAACAUCCGCUGUUGGCUUUUGAAAAGAGUGGAAGAGGGUGAGAAUGCUUUUUAAAACUGCGUGUAGAGUGUGCCGUGAGCAGUGUGAACAUGGACUCGUCCACGGAAAGAAACAUGAAAUGUGUUAAUUAACGCUCUCGCUCAUUCUGUGCUACGUGAGGGGCAGCACCAGUUAGCUCUGUGAUAAUAUAUAAACACAUUUUUAUUAUUUAUAUGAGGAGGUUUUUAACUUAAACUCUCACAAGCGCUGGAUUUGCUGCCCUGACAUUUUAAAUACCUUUUUAUUUUCCACAGGUUAAAUAUACAAUCGUAACCCACAUAUCCAAGUUGUCUUCCCCUCUAUACAAAAGAGCAAAAAUUGAGACAGACAUAUAGUAUCAAAUACAGUAUGGGUGUAAAAAGAGGAGAACGGGAAAGAAUAUUUCAAACUUAACAUUGUUGUGCUUCAGUUCAGUCAUCAAAAUCAUGCAGGUGCAAAGAAAAAGAAGUAAAUGAACUAUCCAUUUCCCAUACGGGAAGAAGGCGUAUAAAUAAGUAAUAUUUAAAGAGGAAAUAGUCAUUUCAUUUUUAUCAUUUUGAUGUUUGUGCAUACUAUGACUUAUUUUGGAAACAAUCUAAUUUUCCAUAAAAAAAGGAAAAAAAAGACUGUAAAUAUUGUACAGUUCUUGACGAAGUUCUUUGUCCU